AUGAGUCCGAAUCUGCGGAUAUCGACCAAGCUCAAAUGCCAGCAGCAUCACCGUCUGGUUGAUGAACAAUCGGAAGCACCUCUCUUCUCCGAGGUUCUACAGGACGACGAUGUUUCUCAACCUAGAGGUCCGGAGGUGCAUGUGUGCUCCGCCGAGGUGAAAUUUGACGGUCCGGAUCCUUCAACUGAACUGUACAGAAGGAUGGCUCGUGAUUGCAUGACACACCCGCAGACCUCGUUUAACAAUUCCCAGUCUUUCCUUAUUGCAGUUUACGAGUUGCGGUGCUGCCGUCUUGAAGGUGGGCUGCGUCUUGCGUGCGAGUGGACUUGUCGUCAGAAGAAGAGGGGUCGACGUGACUCCCGAUCGGUCCGCCCCGUACACCUGUUUUCCCCGUUCGAUUGUAUCGUUGCUGAUGGAGACGUCCUCCUCGAAACACCGACAACGCACGUGCGAAGCGCCACGCCAUUCUCCCCCCGCCCUGGCCACCUGGGGGACUUUAGUGUGGUCACCGCAAAGGGGGUGCCACCAUUGAUCACCGCGAUCAAUGUUUAUUAUCAUUGCGGACAGAGCGUGUGCACGCGUGGCGGCCCCCUCCCCCUGUCCACCACCGCCCUCGGACAAAUUGCGCAGAUCUAUAAAACCGCCAGCGAUACCGCUUUUAGAUGCGAUCAACACCCUCAACUUAAUACUUCGAGCAUUAAUCCCACGCCCCGGCCCUCAGUCCGGUCGACCGCACAAGCCACUUGGUGUCAAGUGGAUCCACAGGCAUCAGAUGACUUGGUUAUUGCAUCCGACGCGGUGCUGUGGGUGCCCAUGCGUGAAAACGGGGUGGGCACCAGCCCACUGAAAGAGGGCACACAGUGUGCUGAUUUUGAAGCGGUGCCCCUCCACUACCCCGCAUGGGUCCCUUGGGGCGUGAGAAUGCGCCCACGUAGAAGGGAUGAGAAGUUCCCUCCAGCCGUGGGUGUUCAAAUUCGAUUUCAAACCCGUCAAGACGAGAACACGCGGCCUCGCGACACGCUGACAAUAAAAGGAAACCCCUCUCAGCUCAACUUCUGCACGGUUGCUAGGGUUACCUAUAAUUGCUACCAUUAUCACUGCGAACCGCGCAACCAGAGCAAAUGUGAUUUGCCACCUGACCAGCCGCCUCGUCUCCCGCCUCCACAGAUCCCCUGUUGCCUCACGUCAUCAGCACGUGGUUGCCGGGUUGUGCCAAUAAAAACAGCCGUGGUAGCCCCUUGUAUUGGUGAUCUGGCGGACUGA